UUUGGUUUGAUUUAUUCUAUUGUAAGGCUAAACUUCUGGGUUUGUUUCUUUGCUGUAAAGUUUGCAUCUUUAAACUUGCCUAGAAAUUGGACUCUGUGAUUUUUAGUGUGAAGUUUUUAUGUUAUUUAGAUCUCCAUGUUUAACAUGACAUUUGGAUUUAAUGUGCAGGAGUACAUCCAAUCAUACCUGGCAGCACACACCAGUCAAGACUUUCAGCACAAUGAGAAUUAUUUACACAAAACCACAGAUUCUAAGGCAACCCAACCGUACCUACCUCCUGGAGAACUUACUGGAAAUUGAAUUACCAAGAAUGAUUUACGCAGAGCCACAGGUUCUAAAGCCACCGAGAAAUGACGUCCUUAUGAUGACUCCAUGGUUUGCGCCAAUAGUUUGGGAAGGGACCUAUAAUCUUGAGAUCCUGAAUGAGCAGUUCAAACAAAGGAAUGUCACUGUAGGACUGACAGUUUUUGCAAUCAAAAAGUGAGUAUGGCUUAUUCAUAGAACUAUAUGUUAGUUAUGAAAGGUGAAGGAUAACCACUAAGAGGAGUGGGAAUCUGUUUUGUCGAUGUGUGUAGUGAUGGU